CAGUUUACAAUUAAAUACAGAUAAAGAAACAGUCUUUCUUCAAACUAGCUAAACAAAUAUUUCCAUAUACAAAAUGAAUUUCAAUAAAUUGUUCGUAUUAUUUGCUUUAAUUAUGGUUGCUAUUGUGGGACAAAGUGAAGCUGGUUGGUUGAAAAAAAUUGGCAAGAAAAUUGAACGUGUGGGUCAACAUACCCGUGAUGCCACCAUCCAAACUAUUGGGGUUGCUCAACAGGCCGCCAAUGUGGCCGCCACUUUAAAAGGAUAGAAAUUUAAGUUAAAUUUAGUUUUUAAAUAUUAAAUAGUUCUAGAAUUUAUUUAUACAAAAAUUAAGAAUUAUUAAUUAUUAUAUUAUAAUUUAUUUAAAUAAAAAUGUUUACAUAGAAAAA